GAGAAAUGUCACAAGGCGUAUCAGUUAAAUUUGAGUUACAAUCAGAAAAGGAGUUUCAGCCAAAAUGAUAGCCUUUGGAUUGUUGGCUCUGGUAUCCCUUACCGAAGAGUUCUCUGUCUCUGUCCCAUUCCAUCCCCUCUCCGAUGAAUACAUCGACCACAUUAACAGCCUCCAGACCACGUGGAAGGCUGGCAGGAAUUUUCCCAAAGACAUGCCCCUGUCCAACAUCAAGCGUCUCCUGGGAGCACUCAAGAGCGAAAACAAGGAGAAUUUACAGACAGUUCACCACGUCAGAGGCGAUGACGAGGUCAUUCCUGAUACCUUCGACGCUCGUGAAAAUUGGCCGGAUUGUGAGUCCAUCAGAUUGAUCAGAGAUCAGUCGAAGUGCGGAUCAUGCUGGGCAGUAGCUGCUGCUGCUGCCAUGUCUGACAGAGUCUGCAUCUUCUCGAAUGCAACCGAUCAAACUUUGGUAUCCGACGAGGAUCUACUUUCUUGCUGCUCGGAUUGCGGUCAUGGAUGCGGAGGUGGACGUCCAUAUGCAGCUUGGGUAUACUGGCAACAAAGAGGAAUCGUCACCGGAGGUCCAUACAACAGUACAACCGGGUGCAAAGCCUACUCUAUGCCACCCUGUGAACAUGGUGGCACCCCUGGCAGCCUUCCCCAAUGCCCGUCUAAGGGCUACAACACCCCUGGUUGCGUUCGCAGUUGCGAUAAGGGAUCUACCCUCUCCUACAAGGAAUCAAAAACCUAUGCUGCACAGGCUUACUAUGUCGGUGUGAAUGACGAGCAGAUUCAGUUGGAAAUACUGAAAAACGGUCCAGUGGAAGCUUCUUUUGACGUGUAUAGCGACUUUUUAACUUACAAAAGCGGUAUUUACCAACGAACUUCAGAUGACAGUAUUGGAGGACACGCAGUCAAAUUGAUUGGUUGGGGUGAAGAAAACAAUGUUCCCUACUGGCUCAUCACAAACUCCUGGAACGAAGACUGGGGAGACAAGGGUAUCUUCAAAAUCCUACGUGGAACGAACGAAUGCCACAUUGAAGAAGAUAUUGUAGCUGGUCUGCCGCAAUUGCAUUAGUCGCCUGGAAUACUGGUUGCUAUGCCUGGAAAAUUAUUUAUUCAAACUAUUUCAUACAGUCUACCUGGACAAACAGAAACACAGUUCCAAACGAAUUAAACAAAUUCGAUUCUUAUUUAUCCUUCCUUU